AUGAGUACCAUUUUUCAUUCACCAGGCUUUAAAAGAUCUUUGAAAAUACUAUCAUGGAUACCGGUGAUAAUAGCUUUUAAUGACAAUGUAUCAUAUAUUGCCAGAAUUAAAGGACCUUCCAUGCGACCUUCUCUGAAUCCAAAUGACAACGAACUUUCAACAGACUGGGUAUUACUUUGGAAGUGGGGCUGUACACAGUCAUACAACUUAAAACGUAAUGAUAUUGUGUUGAUUAAGUCACCAUCCGAUCCCCAUAAAAUAUAUUGCAAGAGAAUUAAAGGGGUCCAGUUUGAUACAAUUAAGACCUUACAUCCAUAUCCAAAGGAAACUGUUUUAGUGCCUAGAAAUCAUAUAUGGGUAGAAGGUGAUAACGUAACCCAAUCAGUUGAUAGUAAUAAUUUUGGUGCAGUUGCGACAGGAAUGAUUGUAGGUAAAGUUGUUAAAGUAAUAUGGCCUCCAACUCGUUGGGGAACUAACCUAAAUGAGACAGUUGGAAGGCAUGAUGCGCUUUCAUUAGCAACUCGUCAGUGA